GAUGCACGGGCUGGGCCAACGAGUUGUGUUCCUAACCUUCGACCAGCAACAUCCUGCGAAUAUCCUGCAAUAUCAACCACACUAUGAAGACUCUGAUCGUGUUUGCCCUGAUCGCCAUCGUGGCCGUUGCUGCCAACCAGAACGCCAAGCUUCUCCGAUACGACAACGUACAGGACGGUGAUUCAAGCUACAAAUUUGCGUUCGAAUCGGAUGAUGGCAUCUCCCGCCAGGAGCAGGGUGAGCUUAAGACCGAAGAGGAGGGCAUGAACGUGCAGGGUAACUUCAAGUUUGUUGCUGAUGAUGGUAAGGAGUAUGUGGUGCAAUAUGUGGCCGACAGCCAGGGCUUCCAUCCGGAGGGUGAUCACAUCCCGAGGGAGUACGUGGAGAAUGUGCCCAGCCUGUAAGAGACGUAAUGAGUGGCUACAAGCCGAGUAAGAGUUUAUCGUGAUAAAAUCUGUUUCGACCACAAAUACAGAUGUUUUGUUGUUCUGUUUUCGAGGGCAACGGAAACUCAAGUUAGUUUUGU